CGGCUCCCCUCAAUGGCGGACAGGUACUUGCUGCUGGUGGCCUGGGCCCCCACGGAGCCCACAGAGGCGCCGCCUCCCCCCGGUUUGACUGCAGCAAAUGUUUACCUCCGACUGAAAGAAAGCAUCAGUGACUCCCUGCAGCGAGGAAACAGUACCUUCCCAGCCUGUUCCGUGGCUGGAGUGCCAGGUCCCACAAAGUGGUUCUUUGCAGUUCAAGCGAUAUGUGGAUUUUAUCAGUUUUGUAGUUCCGACUGGGAGGAGAUAAAUUUUGAUGUUCAGAAAGAAGAAAGUGAAGACUCUCUCCAGACCAACAUUGAGGAAUGCCUGAAAGCGGUUCGGAAUUUUGAUGAAGAGGAUACGAGUAGCAGAGAAUCUCUGUCCCUGACUGACUUAUAUGAAGAAUCCGCAGAAAGUUUACAUCAGCUGUCAGACAAGCUUCCCCCUCCUGGAAGAGCAAUGAUCGAUGUAAUAAUACAAUCCUCUGAAAAUGAUGCCCCGAAAUUGGAAGACUGCUUACCUGCUAUUGGUGCAUUGAAACACUUGAGGGAGUGGCACUCAGCCAAAAUUACAAUUGUAGCAAAUGAUUGUGAAAGUGAUUGGCAGAAAAUUGCAGACUACCUGUCGGCUGAUAUCGUGGCUCUGGAUGAUCUCAACAACGUCAUCAACUCAAAGGAAUUAUGGAGGGGGAAUAUUCACAUAUGGGAGAGAAAGUUUGGAUCGGAGCUCACGUUUCCAGAAUUUUGCUUAAAGAGCACCUCGCCGAAUAUUUUUAGCACAUCGUAUUUGAAUGCUAACUUCUGUGCCAAGAAUUCGGUACAAUCAAAGGAUAAAAAUGUUUUGCCAGAGGUUUUCCAUUAUUACGGUCCAUCUUUAGAAUUCGUGCAGAUGGUGGCAUUACCAGAUCUCCCAUCCUGUUAUGUAUCUGACCUUGAAUUUGAACUAGGCUUGUCAAGCAAAAAUAAUGAGAAAUCCAAGUUGCUGUUGGACCAGCUGUCUUCUCUGUGUGGAAAGAUCGGAGCACUUUUUGUCUUGCCUUGUAGUGUAAGCGACAUAUCCAUUCCACCACCCAGUCAGCUAAGUACCAGAAAAUGGAAGGAAUACAUCAUCAAAAAGCCCAAAAGCAUCAUGGUUCCAGAUGUUGAAGUGAAAGGAGAGUGUUCUAGUUAUUAUUUAUUGUUACGAAGCAACGGCAGUGGUGGCUGUAGAGGGACCUUGAUCCAUUCAGCCAACCAAAUCAACGGGUCGGCCAUGCUCAGUGUCAUACAUGGGAGGAUGAAAGCAAAGGCGGAAGGGGUAGAAUCAGGCUACAUUACUGAUUUUGUGAGGUCACUUCCAUGUUUCUCAGGAGAGUGUAUUAUUCGGAGAGAGAAGAAAAUAGCAAAAGUUCAAGCUUUGGCUUUGCAAGAGUAUCUGAAAAAGAGGGACCCAGUGAAGCAGCUUGCGAUAGCCUCUGUUGACGAACUGAAGACCCUGCUGACCCUCAUUAGGGAAAAGGUUUCGGAGUUUUGUGACACUUGUCUUCCUGGAGCUGGGCUUCCCACGGCAGCAGACAAAAUGAAUCUUCACUCAGCUCCAAGUGUUUCUUUAGAAGCCAGUUCAAUGGAAUCCAAUCCUCUGGAGUGGCCAGAAAGAAGUGUUCUUCAGAAUCUGGAAAUCUUGGAAAAAGCUAAACAAAAAAAGAGGGCUGCUAUGUUAUCGCGGCCAUCCGAGCACCUGCUGGGGCGGAAAGAGUGUCACAGGGAAUCCACAACCUCACUGGAUGCUAAAGAACUGUUGAAAUACUUCACACCAGAUGGGUUACCAAUUGGAGAUCUUCAACCUUUGCAGGUUCAUAGGAGUGACAACCCUUUUGUUCUGACCCCUGAGCUCACACCCCGGAAACUACGCGUCUUACCUUUUGAGAAAGCAGCCGGGUGCCAUUAUCACGGACUGGAGUAUUGUCUGGAUGGCCGAAAAGCUUUAGAAAGAGAUGGAGGUUUUUCUGAACUUCAGUCCCGACUUAUUCGUUAUGAAACACAAACUACCUGUGCCAAAGAGUGUUUUCCUCUUCCAUGGGUCUUGAGCCCUCUUCCAUCUCCCGCUGUUCUGUCGGAAGCUGGAAGCGCCCCUGACACGGAGACUUUACAAAGUGAGCCGAGGACUGACGUCACCAGACUAAAACGCAGAUCCAAAGACCUAGAUGGCUUUUAUCCCAAUAAGAGACUGGCAAAAUCAGAAAGUUCGGAUUCUCUUCUCUCUCAAGCAAGUGGUAGCAGUGUAGCGGCGGCUACCAGACAGUUCCCCGAGCCUGAGCUCUCACUCUCACUGUCCGUCGCUAAUACAUCCGCUUCCCAGCCCAGCUCCAGAACGGCUCGACUGAGUCAGAGGAGCGGCCAAGAAUCAGAGACCUCAAGGAAAACGAAGGAAUCAAGAUCUCAGAAACACACACGGAUGCUGAAAGAAGUAGUUGCUAAAACACUGAAGAAACACAGUAUCACUGAGGACCACGAAUGCUUUUCAGCAUGCAGCCAGCGACUCUUUGAAAUAUCCAAGUUUUAUUUAAAGGAUCUGAAAACUUCAAGAGGUCUUUUGGAAGAAAUGAAAAAAACAGCAAGCAAUAAUGUUAAACAGGUGAUUGAGUGGGUGCUAGAGAAGGCAAGUAAGAAAUAACAGAACUGUUUUAUUUGGAUUCAUUUUUAAUUUAUGGGAGGCUCAUAAUGUUUGGCUUUCUUAAGGGGUUGUGAACAAUAUUCAAAUUUGGUCUAAUGACUAAUUAGACUGAAGAAUAAUAUAUCAGCAGUUUCCUCUGAGUCUGUCAAUUUUGACCCCCAAAUGCACAUUUUAUACUAUUUUUAUAAGAUUUUAAUGUUUUUUAUAUGUUGUACAGCUGUCUGUCUCAAAAAUGACAAUAAAUAGGAUUGUUUUACUGCUUCA